CGCGUCCAGUGUCGCAAUCGAACGAACCCUUUUCCUCACAGUCGGCAUCCGAGCCUAUUGCUUUAUACCCGAGCUGGUCUACUUUUAGACUCGACUUACCUCCCCUUGUAUGUUUUUUCUCAUGAAUUCGUAAAACGCUGUUUACGAGACUGAGAAAGGAGUGAACUCAAACACGUCGAAAUCAAGCUUCUGGGAUCCCACCACUCACCUUGCAUGGAUUUCAAAGGUCGUUUGUAAGACUUAACGCCCCUCGGCUCUAAGCUGAGCAAACUCAAAGUCAGCUCCUCCGAUAAUGGCGGACCUCCGCACUGACGAAACCUCGCCGUUUCUCCAACGGCCCCCGGCAACAGCAAGAUCCCACGAUACUUCCCCGGCAGUGUCGGCGGCGUCGGCGUCACACAAGCUCACCCUCUUCAACGGCCUUGCAAUCGUUAUCAGCCUACAAAUCGGCUCGGGGAUCUUCAGCGUACCCUCGCAAAUUAGCCAAUUUGUCACUGCGCCAGGAUACGGCCUUUUGGCCUGGCUUUUUGGUGGUCUUCUCGUCUGGACGGGCGCCGCCUCCUUCAUCGAACUCGGGUUACGCAUCCCCAAUAAUGGCGGCAUCCAGGAAUACCUGCGGGCCUGCUACGGCGAGUUUGCCGGGUUCUUGUUCACCUGGGUCUGGUGCACCAUCAUCAAGCCCGCGGCGAACUCAAUGAUUGCGACAAUUUUCGCGGAUUAUCUGACCGAGGCCUUUGUGGCCGACCAAGAGACGCUGCCGCCUUGGGUAUCAAAGGUGGUGGCGGCGAGCUGCAUCGUGACCAUGACACUGGUUAAUUGCCUGGGUGCAACCGCGGGCGCAAAAGCGGCCAACUUGUUUCUCUUUUUAAAGAUGACGGCUCUGACUAUCAUCAUCGUCCUUGGCUGCGGCGUCUGGGCCUUUGGUCACGGAGAGGGUGUGCCCUCGUCCGAGUAUGGAUGGUUUGGUCAGGCUCCUGAGCAGCGAGAAAUCAGUCUUUGGGAGUGGCUAGGUGAUUUUGGAACCGCAACGUUUGGAGCUCUGUGGUGUUAUGCCGGCUGGGAAAUGGUUGGUUUUGUCUUGGGAGACAUGAAAAAUCCAAGGAGAGAUCUGCCCCUCGUGAUUAAUGGCUCCAUGAUUGUGGUGAUCAUCGGCUUCAUGCUGAUGAACGCGGCUCUGUAUGUCUGCCUACCCAUGAGCGUCAUGCGGACAAGCAGCACCGUCGCGGUGGAGUUCGCCAACAGGAUCCUUGGAACUUGGGCUGGGCUUCUCUUUUGCAUUAUAGUGUCCAUUUCGGCAAUGGGUGCUUUGAACUCCAACGUGUUUGCGACCGCCAAGCUCGUCGUUGUUGCUAGUCAGAGGGGAUAUUUCCCUUCGAUCCUGGCAAAUCUGCACUGUAGCCACGAAAAAGACGAGGCUGUGUGUGUCGAUGAAUAUCUUUCGUCUACGCCGAGACUGGUCCGAGGACCUAUCAAGGGUUUCUUGUCCUGGACCCAGAACCGUCGAUGGAGGAGAAACGUGCCACUGCUCCCCCUUAUGUUGAACUGUGCCUUGUCAAUCGUAUAUGUAGCUGUCGGAAGCUUCAAUGGGCUUGUUACUUUUAUCGGUUUGGCGGCGUAUAUGAUCUUCUUCUCCUCAGCCGUUGGCCUCAUACUUCUCCGUAGAAGAGACGGCCGCGUACCGGGGGCGAAAGCCGCCGAGUAUAGCACUUGGCUCAUCAAUCCUGUCAUCUUUAGCGCCAUCAGUGGCCUAUUGGUCGUUAGAGGAGUCAUCUCAGAACCUCUGCAGGGAGGGGCUAUUCUCUUGGUCGCCUUGCUCGGCAUCGGCUUCUUCUCGCUCAGGUUUGGCUUGCGCGGCUUCACCUACCCAGAGACCAGAUGAGGCUCGCCCAGCCAUCCAUAUUUCCGUUGUGAUCGUGCGGCAGCUGCAUUGCUCCCCCGGCCGGAGCAGUCAUACACGGCUGGCCUGUCCGCCCCGAAGCUUGGACUGUCCUCUCAAGCACGCUCUCUAGUCAGACCUGAGUCUUCGAAGUCUGUGACCCGGUAAAGGCUUGCCGAAGCUGCUAUUGCGGAACAGACUCGCAGAAUGGAACAGCACACCUCCCGCUGGCUGUGAAUUCGGCCUACUUCCCCACAGCUGGCCAAGUCGCAGUCGAGUGUCAGCGGUUAAUCGACAGGCGUUAGGCACGUUGGAUACCGGAGGCGGAGAGGUCUGUGGAACUUUGGGCAGUAGCACGGUCCGUGUCGGGCCUGGAUGCCUCCUUAUUCCCAGUCAAGUGGAAGGCGUGGUGAAACUGUACCAAUUUGAUGCUAUUCAAAGACGUCAGGGGAUGGCCGCCGUGGCCCCAAAGAUAGGCUUGUGGACACGCUAGACGAUGCAAAAUGCACGGUGUCUGAAGAGCUUGGAUGACCGCAACCAGGGGCCACCGCAGUUAGCUUCGGCACAAUUGACUUGAGAUCUUUAAGUGAUUGGCAAUGUCAAAGUCGCCCAAGAUUUGAACUUUUGAUCAUGUUGAACGGAAACCGUCGUUGUGGCGUGAGAAGCGUUGCACUGAAAUCCCACCGCUCUUUCUCAAUGCAGAUCAUCGGAGUUGAAGGGUGUCGGUGGUAGUCUGAAUGACGAGCUGGCGUAGAUAGCUGCAGCUCUAAGACGUCGGAGACUUUGGGUAUUCUAGAAAGCGCAGACUUUUGCUAUCCAACAAUUGCGGCAGCUAGCCGUGUGCAUGACCCCGUUAUGGGAUGGAGGGGGGAGAGAAGAGGCGAGUCUCGCAGCCUGGAGGAGGUGUGGGGGUGGGUAGGUAGGACGACGUCUGACAUGGCCACAGCACCUCUGCUAACUUUUCAGCAAAAAGAUACGUAAGGUGACCUUGGAUGUUGCAUUUUCUCUGUCAUAGAUUAGUGCCAGAAACGAAAGAUAAAGGGCAAUGCGUUUCAC